UAACUUUUGGAUCUUAACAUAGAGAGAAGAGAAACGCAAUCGAAAGGAAGGGAGAAGACGAAGAUGUCGUUGGUAUGGCUGGAAGCGUUGCUGCCUCUCGGAGUCAUCGGUGGGAUGCUUUGCAUCGCCGGAAAUUCUCAGUACUACAUCCACAAAGCUUACCAUGGCCGUCCGAAGCACAUUGGUCACGAUGAAUGGGAUGUAGCUAUGGAAAGACGCGACAAGAAGGUCGUCGAGAAAGCUACAGGUCCUUCCUCAUGAUCAGCUUUGAUCUCUUUUGUGACCCUCAGGUGCUUAAGAUGAACACUGGGCUGACAAAUAAGGUGCAUUUCAGGAGAAGAAGAAGCUGGGGGAUCUAAGACUUCCAUUCCCAUUUGAUUUUCCUUGGACAUGUUAAAGUUUUCAGAAAUCAGACCGUAAUGACAUUUGGUUUAUAAACAUUUCUCUAUAUGUGAUACUUUGUAUGCUUCUGAGUGUUGCGUGAUACACUGAACUACUCUCCUGCUGUGAGUGAAUAAAUGAAUAUUUGGAAAGA